ACACAGUUAAUAAAAUGAAAAAUUGCUAACAAAGGCUUGAAACAAGGUAGGUACCAGGAUGGCAGGAAAUUAAAAAUUGCAAGAUUUGGCUUCUGCUUACUAGUCACGAACAAAAAUCCAAGCUCCUCCUUUCUAAUCCCAAACAACUCAAGAGAUCGGAGCGUGAGAAAGAGAUAUGUACAGGGAUGAUCUUCAUGAAACCAACGAACGAUCUAUAAAGACUAUAGAAAAAGACGGAUUUGCAUUGAAAAGGAGGUUGAUUGAAAUCUGAAAAUUUGUACUCGGAGUACCUUCUUCCACUAAUCACGCACAACAGCAGAAAAAUCACGAAUAGAAGGCACGGGUGGGGCUGAUUCGUUUCCAAUGGAAAAAGCCCGGUAGAAGCAGAAGAUCGCGCCCGUGCGCAAGCCAAGAAAAUAGCGAUCUGUUACCUUUUCGAAUUCAAUUAACCUUAUCUUGAAAUUCAUUUGCAUCUUUGGCCACUAGUAGCAGUAACCGUAUUUAACCCACUUCACUAGAAUCCCGUCUAUAUGAUCCUUGCUCUGGAAGCUAAAAUGGCUGGUAGGCUUGCAGCGCACGAUACGCGCUCUCGUCAACCAUGUCCACGCUGCGUCAACAACUCAACAUUCAGCAGUCCACACUGCAUUUGUGUGGGCCCCACACUGCAUACACAGCACAGAGCUCUAGCUUUUGUGUGGGCCCCACACUUGAUUUCCUUACAAAGACUACCAUGCUCACCUCUAUAUGUCCUAUCCAAGUGGCGUGUGUUUCUGCAUGCAACGGGUGCACUGCAUCUACGUCAGGUCGCAGGAGGCGCGUCCCUGCGUUCGGCGAGUGGAACAACCACAGCGAUGGCGACGAAGGUGGCUGGACGGCGGCCGUCGUCAACCAGUGCUUCGAGCCUGUCACAGCACAAAAAUCACUCAAGCAGGAAUUCAUUGGUUACGAUAGUGGCGUCGUCGUCAUGGGGAAGCAGCAGCACAAGGUGACGAGGCAAACCUGGGUGGAUGACUCAGGGACCCACAUGGCAAUGGAACCCUUCUCCUUCACGGCGGUCAAAGCUGUUGACGAUGACCUAUAUGAGGUCCCAUCGGACAUGCUCUGCGCCAAGCCACUACGGGAAGUAUUGUAUAUAGAAAGAAAUUGA